UUAGAAAUACUGAGCAAGCAGUGAGGCUUUCUCACUCCAGAGAGGACAGAGCCAUUGAGCAACCGAGAGAUCUUUUUCGGUGCUCUGAAUACCAGGUGAUGUCAGCUGGAACAAAGUCUGCAUCUAUUAAUUGUUGUGUUGAAGUUUUUAUUGUGGAGUGAAUUGAUAAUUGUUUUGUGGAAGUUAAGCCAACAGGUGUCUGAAACCUCGUUCUAUAGCAGAGGUGCAUCGUAAUGACAAACUCAACAAACUGCAACAACAGUCUAAAAUUGAAUUACAAUGUUCGACUCAUUCAAGUCAUUAUUUAUGCCACAAUUUUCCCUUUUGGAGCCAUAUUUAAUGUCCUUGCCUUGUGGGUGUUCUGCUGCAAACUGAAAAAAUGGACAGAAACCAGGGUGUACAUGAUCAACUUGGUCAUUGCAGACUGUUCCGUAGUUUGCUCCUUGCCUUUCACAAUUUAUUUCAUCUGGAAUGACUGGCAUCGUGACACACUGUGCUUAACUAUACAGUCUAUAUAUUUAAUAAAUAUGUCCAUGAGCAUCUACAUUAUCACUGUCAUCUCAAUCGAUCGAUACAUUGCCAUAAAGUAUCCUCUUAAGGCAAAGAGUUUAAGGUCACCAUUGAAGGCAGCUCUUAUCUGUGGGCUUCUUUGGGUAUCAACGAUAACUGGUCUGAACAUAAAACAAGAGACAAGUGAACCUUUGUGCUUUCAAAAGCUUUCCACGAAACCAUCAACCAGUGUUCUAUUUUUCUUCAUCUUCAUUUUUUUAAUUCCACUAAUAAUAUUGAGUUUUUGUUCCAUGCACAUCAUCAGCAGUCUUAAAAAAAGGAUGCUCACAAAUCCACAGGAAAAUAAGCUAAUAGAGAAAGCUAUCUAUAUUGUUUCUGCAAAUAUGAUUGUAUUUAUAGUGUGCUUUUCACCUGCCCAAAUUGGGAUGCUUGCUAGGUUUGUGAUGGAAAAAAAUGGAGUUAACUGCCUUGCAAUCCAGAAGAUUAGAACCUUUAUUAAUGUGACCGCAUGUAUAGCAAAUUCUAACUGCUGCAUGGAUGCCAUUUGCUACUAUUUUGUGGCCAAGGAAUUUAAAGAAGCAUCCUCCAUUUGUAAGCCCAAAUCUCAUCACUCUAAGACAAAUCAAACCCAUAGCUCUUAGUUGAGGAUAUUCCAAAUGCUGGUAUAAAAAUGUUGCAACACCAAAGCCAGAAGUAACAAGAGAAGCAAUAGACUUAUCACACGUGGUAUAUUCACAGCUAUGUUUCAUCUCUGAAGAUAAAAUCACCACAUACUACGCUGCUGUUAAUUUUAACGUGGCUUCCUGUAUAUACACAGCAUUAAACAAGUAAGUGCUGUGACUGUACUGUAGUGCAAACAUUGAUGCAUGAACUUUUCCACGUUGACAUCUUCUAUUUGCUAUCUUUCUGUCCUGAAUAUAAAUAAAAAGAAUUCAGCUUC